AAAUAAAGUCCAUUCUAUAUUGAGGUUUUGCAAGCAAGAAAUAUACAUACAGUCUCUGUAUCUAUACGUUCUUGAACACAAGAGAGACCAUAGGGCCAAUCAUGGAGACAGAGCUUCCGGUAGAGCCACAGUCGCUGAAGAAGCUGAGCUUCAAAUCUUUAAAGAGGGCCCUUGAUCUCUUUGCUCCUUCUCACUCUCAGUUUCCUCCUCCCAACCCUGAAAGCAAGAAGAUUAGGCUGAGCUAUAAGUUGAAUGCUGAGUAUGGGAGUAUUGGAAGUACGGUGGCUAAGCCGUCUCAUGUUAAACCGGCUGUACAACAAGUCCCGCAGGCUUCUACUACUCUUGCACUUACUGGGCCUGAAAGUUCUGGAGAUCUGAAAAAAGGAGCUCAAAACGAAUUGGUGGUUGUUCCUUCCAGUCAACCUAAGGGCCCGUUUGGCAGCGGGGAUGGUAGUUUUUCUGGCAAAAGCACAACAAUUAUUCCUGCUCAUGGUUCAUCUGACAGAAACCUCUCAACUGCUGCUCUCAUGGAAAGAAUACCAAGCAGAUGGCCGCGUCCCAUAUGGCGUGCUCCAUGGAAAAACUAUAGGGUUAUAAGUGGCCAUUUGGGAUGGGUGAGAUCUGUUGCUUUUGAUCCAAGUAAUGAGUGGUUCUGCACAGGUUCUGCAGAUCGUACUAUCAAGAUAUGGGAUGUAGUAACCGGAAAUUUAAAGCUCACUCUCACAGGACACAUUGAACAAAUAAGAGGCCUUGCUGUUAGUAAGAGACAUACCUAUAUGUUCUCUGCGGGUGAUGACAAACAAGUUAAAUGCUGGGAUCUUGAACAAAAUAAGGUUAUCAGGUCUUACCACGGUCACCUCAGUGGAGUUUAUUGCUUGGCUAUGCAUCCCAAUAUUGACAUUCUGCUUACAGGGGGUCGUGAUUCUGUGUGUCGGGUCUGGGAUAUACGCAGCAAGAUGCAAAUUCAUGCACUGUCUGGUCAUGAUAACACAGUUUGUUCAGUUUUUACACGACCCCUGGAUCCACAAGUUGUAACUGGCUCCCAUGACUCAACCAUAAAGUUUUGGGACCUCCGAUAUGGCAAAACAAUGGCAACUCUCACACACCAUAAGAAGUCUGUACGUGCAAUGGCUCAGCACCCUAUCGAGGACUGCUUUGCAUCUGCAUCAGCUGACAACAUCAAAAAAUUUAAUCUUCCAAAAGGAGAGUUUUUGCAUAACAUGCUCUCACAGCAGAAGACCAUAAUUAAUGCCAUGGCAGUCAAUGAAGAUGGUGUGAUGGUUACAGGAGGUGAUAAUGGGAGUAUGUGGUUCUGGGACUGGAAGAGUGGCCAUAAUUUCCAACAGAAGCAAACAAUUGUUCAGCCAGGUUCAUUGGACAGUGAAGCUGGAAUUUAUGCUACUGCAUUCGACGUAACUGGUUCAAGGCUUGUUACAUGUGAAGCUGACAAGACCAUCAAAAUGUGGAAAGAGGAUGAAAAUGCCACCCCAGAAACUCAUCCCCUUAACUAUAAGCCACCCAAAGAUAUCAGGAGGUUUUAGUAGUUUUUCGGCAUCGGAUCAUCUAAUCAGAUUUUAAUUUUUGAAUGUAUUUUUGUACGUGUAACAUAUAUUUUAAUUCUCCGCGGUUCCAAUACUACUGCAAUUUAUUUUAGUUUUUCAUUUUAAUUUUGUAAAUUUCUUUGAUAAAUACCAUGUAUGAUCUAUAUGCAUAAUUUAUAAAGUUUUCUAAUAA